UCUGAUGACUCCCACCCUGCGACCAACCGAGCAAAGCAAAGAGAGACGCGGAGAUCCCGCGGUAGAGAGAGAAGAGAGAGAGAGAGAGAGAGCCUAGCGAGAAGGUCACCGCUGCCGGCGCGAUGAUGUGGAGCUCCGACUCCGACCGCGACGAGCCCGUCUCGACGACGACGACAACGGCCACCUCCUCCUCCCCGUUCGAGCCGCCGAUGCCGCCGCCCCCUCGCCGCCUGCGCCACCGCACCCGCCGGCGCGCCCACCGCCGUACCAAGAACAGCGGCACGGGAGAGGAGGAACAAGAACAACCCGUGGAGGACGAGGCGGAGGACGUCUGGCGCGGGCUGCAGAGGGAGGCGGCGUGGCCGCGCCGGGCGUCGCGGCCGGUGGUUGUCGCAGGCGAGGAGGGCUCCCCGGACUGUGGGGCCGCUGCCAUUGAGGGCGGCGGGGUGGGGCGGGCGAGGAGCCUGACGGACGACGACCUGGAGGAGCUCAAGGGUUGCGUGGAUCUGGGGUUCGGCUUCAGCUACCACGAUAUCCCCGAGCUCUGCGGCACGCUCCCCGCCCUCGAGCUCUGCUACUCCAUGAGCCAGCGCUUCCUGGACGAACACCAGCACACGCAGAAGGCUGAAGAGGCGCCGGCCGCGGCUCCGGUCUCGCCACCGCAACCCGUCGCCACCAACUGGAAGAUCUCCAGUCCUGGGGACAGCCCGGAUGAGGUGAAGGCGAGGCUCAAGUACUGGGCGCAGGCGGUGGCGUGCACCGUGAGGCUCUGCAGCUAAUUAAUGGCACUAUCAUCAAUCUUGCAAGCUCAAGAAGACGAAGAAGGGAACUCAUUCUGCUCGAUCCAGGGCAGCAGUUUGGUGGAAUUACAGGGAUCACGACACCUCAGUUAUCAUCGAUCGUGCCAUCUAUCGAGUCACCUGGAAAUCACAUUGCUAUAUCAUCGCAAGAAUCAGAGCGCAUCGUAUUGCUUCUACCGGAUCUUUGUUGACUGCUAGGCGCUGCAUGGAAAUUUUGUUAAAGCUUGUGGAGGCUAGGAAGAUGGGAGAUGACGAUGCUUAAGCACGCUACUAAUGCAACUAGCCAUUUCUAAUGUUUUGCUCACACAUGAAUCCUUGAUCCUCACUACAUUUGUUCAUGUAAAAAGCAUAUGUGUAAUUUAUUCUUGAAUCAGUCAGAAAUAAUAACAUUCCAUGCUGAGCUGAAUCUUCUUUUGUUUUA